UCUUCAUGUUAUCAUCCGGUGAAUAGAUAUCACAAAACGACUGGAUUUUUAUUGCAUUUUAACAACAAAACAGGAUUAAAGUGGAAUUCAAUUGAAACAUUCAGUUUGACAUUAAUAUUGAAAGUUAUAUUGUAAUCGAUAUAUGCUGUCAAUUGUUAGUAUAGUUAUGUUUAUAAUUAAAGUGUCAUUACUUUCAACAACAGAAAAGUUUGCCAAUUAUUAGCAUCGGAUUAGUUGAUAAUGUCUUUUCUGGAGAGAACUCAAUCGCAAAGUAGUUAUAGAGAGCCAACAAUUAAGCAAAAAGUGGUUCAAACCAGAAGCUGUCCGUCCGGUCGCACACGAUCUUUAAGAAGUCAAUCAUCCAUUAGAUCCAAUGGUUCAACUAAUAUACCAAAGCUUCCAACAAGUCUGCAACACCAAUACAGUAUCACUGAAAGGACCAAUUGUUCAGUAAAAGAGAUGGAAAUGAAUGCAAUGGAAAGUUUGACCUCCAGUUCCCUAUUUCAUGGCUUUAUUUUGAUCUCAAUAAUGUUGAGUUCGUUGUUAGCUUUUGUUUGUUCAAAGAUGAAGCGUCCGUGCGAUCCAUCAGAUGACAUGACAUUUGAUUUAACAGCUAAUCCUCACAAUUGUCUAAUGUCUGUACUUUUAUAUUACUCUGUAAUUACAAUCAUCUCGUGUUUGGUUUCAUUCAUUAUAUAUUUUCUUCAUUUGAUCGGUCAAUGCGACGCCCAAUGGAUUGUUAACAAAAGGUUUUCAAUUGAAGUACUAAUCAUAUCAUUAAUUGUAAUCAUGUUAUUCACUGCCAAUAUAUUGAUGAUAAUGAAGACAAAAGUUUUGAAAAGUACUGUCGGAAUAUUCAGUAUUAUUUGUUCUUCACUAUCGAUAAUAGGUUAUACCAUUAGGAUUACAAAACUUGUCAAUGAAAACAAACAAUUGUCUAAAAGAUGUUCACAAAAUACAUCCCAAUCUAAUGACAAUAUUAUAAUCAAUGAAACAACACUCACCUCAAUGAGAGACAAAUUGAAAAAUAAAUUAAAUGUUGAUUCGUCUAAAACUUGGGAAUUAGGAAAUGGUGUCCAAGACUUAAGUACUCUAAGUCGUCAAAAGCCAGGAUCAGCUCUCAGAGUUGUCAGUUAUGUCAAGAGAAAACAAUCAUUAGAUAGUAAUACAAGAAGUAUAUCACAAAACAAUAACACUUCCAUUAACUUUGAUGCCGAUAUUGAAGACGAUGUUUUCAUUAAUUAA